AUAUCUAUAUCUCGCGGAGCGGUUCAGGGAGCGAUAUGCGGCCUCUCUCUCGAUCGGGAUUGUUCGAGUGUAACGAUCACUGGAUCGAACUGGAUCGUAAAGAUAAAGAAAUUUACCUUUGGUGCAAGGCGAGAGCAAGCCGACUCGUGUCGAAAGCGUUGUCCCGAGGUUCAUCUUAGCGAACGAGUAGGCGCCGGUUUGGCACGAUUGACGUGCACGUCGAAACUUCGUGACGGCGAUUUUCGGACUGAUCGACUUUCGCGCCGGAUUUUCGUUCAUUGAUGCGAACAUCGGCGCGCAUCAUCUGAUGCGGUAACGCGUUCUCGCCGCCGCGGCUAUUUGUUUUGAAUAUUUCGGAGGAGCGCGAGCCUAUGAACUAGCGCGACGCCCCCCACCCUUUUCUGAGUGCAUUCUCUCUCUCUCUCGCUCUUUCUCUCGUUCUAUAGUGCAGCCACUUACGCGGCGGUAAUAACUCUACGUCGGUCGCCGGGACUCGCUCUGAACUUAGUUGCCCGUCGACCGCGCGUUAGAAGCGAUCGUUGUGCGCAUUCGCGACGUUGUGUGAGCCGCGCUCGUCGCCGUGUGAUUAGCGCCGCGACAUUCUCUCGCGUACGCGUCUCAGGCACGUCUCGGGGGGAGUAGGCGACGAGGACGCGGAAGGAUCCGCGGACGGUGAACGAUUGCCGGGACUUCCCGGCUGCUCCGGAUGAUCGAUAGCUCGGAGGAUGCACGCGGGCACGCGGCUGAACUCGGCGCCUCGGCGACGAUGAGGAGGUAGAAAAUCGGAAGGCAUUGGACGCGCUUGGAAAAUGAAGAUAUAACGGCGCCGCAGUGGCAGCCUAAUCUUCCUCUUACCGCGAACCGAAUUCGGACACUUAAAUAUGCCACACCAGUUCGGUCUGCCCACGAUGGCGCAUGGCAUGCAAUCACCGCCCUCGCCGACCUCGGUCAUGUCGGUCUACCCGCGAUUCGGCUCCGGCAUCUACAGGCCCGAUCAUCAGGAUCAACGGCUGACGCGCGAAGCGAUGGAGCGUUAUCUGCGCGAUCGCAGCGACAUGGUGAUCGUGAUCCUGCACGCCAAAGUCGCGCAGAAGUCGUACGGCAAUGAGAAGCGUUUCUUCUGCCCGCCGCCGUGUAUCUACCUGUUCGGCGAUGGCUGGAGGAUGCGUCAGGAGCAGAUGCUGCGCGAGGGCGAGACCGACCAGACUUCCCAACUGUGCGCCUUCAUCGGCAUCGGUAACUCCGACCAGGACAUGCAGCAGUUGGAUCUCAACAAUGGCAAGCAAUACUGCGCGGCGAAGACUCUCUACAUCUCCGACUCCGACAAGCGGAAGCACUUCAUGCUUUCCGUGAAAAUGUUCUACGGCAGUGGCCACGACAUCGGCGUGUUUCACAGCAAGCGGAUCAAGGUGAUCUCGAAACCGUCCAAGAAGAAACAGUCUUUGAAAAACGCCGACCUGUGUAUCGCCAGCGGCACGAAGGUAGCGCUGUUCAAUCGGUUGCGUUCGCAGACUGUGAGCACGCGCUAUCUCCACGUGGAGAACGGCAAUUUUCACGCGAGCUCGACGCAAUGGGGCGCGUUCACCAUUCACCUCCUCGACGACAACGAGAGCGAGUCGGAGGAGUUUCAGGUGCGCGACGGAUACGUGCACUACGGCAGCACCGUGAAGCUCGUGUGCUCCGUCACGGGAAUGGCGUUGCCGCGGCUGGUGAUCCGCAAGGUCGACAAACAAAUGGCCAGCUUGGAGGCGGACGAUCCCGUCUCUCAGCUGCACAAAUGCGCCUUCUACAUGAAGGACACGGACCACAUGUACCUGUGUCUGUCGCAGGAGCGCAUAAUACAGUUCCAGGCUACGCCCUGCCCGAAGGAGGCCAACAAGGAGAUGAUCAACGACGGCGCCUGUUGGACGAUCAUCAGCACCGACAAGGCGGAAUACCAGUUCUUCGAGGGCAUGGGACCGGUGCGUUCACCGGUGACGCCGGUGCCGCUUGUCCACAGCCUGCACCUCAACGGCGGUGGCGACGUGGCGAUGCUCGAGCUCACAGGCGACAACUUCACGCCGAAUCUGCAGGUGUGGUUCGGCGACGUGGAGGCCGAGACUAUGUACAGGUGCCAAGAGAGCAUGCUCUGCGUCGUGCCCGACAUCUCGCUGUUUCGCGGCGAGUGGUUGUGGGUGCGCCAGCCGACCCAGGUGCCGGUCUCCUUGGUGCGCAACGACGGCAUCAUCUACGCGACCGGCCUCACCUUCACGUACACGCCCGAGCCGGGGCCGCGCCCGCACUGUCCGCCCGCCGACGAGAUCAUGCGUGCGCCGCGUGCCAUGCACAAUCAAGCGAGUAUACCGCCUGCGAUCGCAGACGUGCCGUGGAAUACCCAUCAGCCGCCGCAGUCGGGUCUCUGAUGUCUUCUAGAUAAUCAUAACGCGAACCAAAGUCUACGUUGUAGUGAUACGGACGAUAUAAUAACACCAACGUUGUGUCGUCCCGAUCCGGACGAUGACCAGGACGACAACGACGACGACGACGACGACAACGACGAUGACGAUGACGGCGGUGGUGGCGGCGGCGGCGGCAGUGAGAGUGACGGCGAUUGCUCAUACUUUGUCACGAAGGACUUGUUGCUCGAAAUCGACGCUAACGCGGCGCGAAACUUAGACAAUACGAAGACGUAGCGUUUCGCCUAACUCGCGCCCGAAAGCGCGACACGUCGUGUUGCGCGCUUCAAAGUGCGCGCACGCGCUAACGCUAAAUCGUAAGCUAGACACGUAAGUUGUUGAUACGGAGAUUUACAGAGAUAAUAAUUUAUAUAGCGAUCGUGGGUUGUAACGGCUUAAUGCGAACUAUGUAUAGACGAUUGAUGUAUACACGGAAUUUGACGAUAGAGUUUUCGAGAAAAGUGAACGGGAAGUCAUCACCGGUUGGCUCGGAUCAUAUCACGGGAGAUCGGUUCUGACAAUUUAACCGCGACAAUACACGCGCGUGUACACAUUUUUUUUGAAAUUAUAUUGUCGCAUCUCGUAGUAUUUUAAGGAGGAUCAAAAACAACAUAAACUGUCAUGAACGAGUGUAGUUAGUAGAGACGAGCGUGCGUACAGUUGAUGUAAUUGCAAACGGGAGUAACACACAGUCUUAGCCUACACACUUGCAUAUCGGUCAUCGGACGAUGGUUGUACUUUUAACACUAAUAUCCGUCACGAGAAAAAUCUCCACGCUCGGAACUCGGUACAGCGGUUCUCGAAAUAGCGUCCACCUUGUCGUCACUUCGACUGGAGAGAAUCGUCAUGCAAAUUUCUAAUUUUCCUUUUUUUGGAGGAUGGAAGAGAGGGAAGCACACCGAUAGGGGUUCUGCGAGAAUUCCUUGUCCCUUCAAGUACAAAAAUCGCCUGGUGAAAGCGAGGGAGAGGGAACAGAAUUGCACGGACAGAAGAGACUACCGGGGAAACUGUACCGAAGUACGAGCUCGUGGCGAUCUUGUGUGAAAGGCUCAUCGUGUACAUAGGAGGAAGAGGAGGAGGGCAGAGGACGGGGCGGAGUACGCAGUGUAUUUUUGAAACCGUGCGCGACGUGCUCGACAUUUGGUACAUUUGUAAAUUCGUACACGCGCGCCGCGACACGUCGACGGACUCUUCAUUAUUUAUUAGGAGAUGCAUGGGACGAUGCAUACCGAUGCUUCGAGCGAGUGCAUGCGUGCCGGUGCGAAUUGGUGCUGAUUAUGCAGACGGCCAGACGCUUAUAAGUCAGUAGAAUUCGUGUACAUUUCUCCAAUUUCUCCCCUUCUUAUUUUAUAUAUACAAUUAUAUCAAAGACAGAGACGAUGACAUAUCGUCCGUGUGACAAUUUAGAGAGAAAUACGGAUUUUCUUUUGAUAUAAUACAUGUACGUGUUAUUUUGUGUAUAUAUUAUACAUAUUUAAAUAUAUAUAUAUAUACACAUAUGUGUAUAUACAUUAUAUAUACAUAUAAUAUGUAUACAUAUAUGCGUAUAAUAUAUAUACAUAUAUAUACAUCAACGUGUAUACAACAUUUAUGAUUACGAUUUUACGUAUUCUCCUUCUCGGCGACUGUUGCGUUACGAGUCUUCUUUUGAAGUGCUUUACAUGAAAUUAAUUCUCACUUGGUCACUCAUCAUGGGCAGGUAACACGUAUUAACGUAACGCUAGUGAAACAUAUAGGAAACGAAUCUAGACGAUUGUAACGAUUGUAUUUUCUCCCAAUCUUUCUUGGAAAUCCAGAAAUUAUCGUGAGACGUUCGCGCGGACGGCCAUUUUCGAAAUUAUACCACACACACGAGGACAUGCAUUAUUUGAGUUUUAAAAAACAAAUGACUUUGGAAUCCGCUUCGUACAGUCCGGAGUGUUCUUAGAAUUUCUCUGUGACUCGGACACACUAAAAAUUUAUAUAUAUAUAUAUAUACAUAUAUAUAUAGAUGCAUAUAUAUGUAUAUAUAUAUACACACAACACACACAUAUACAUAUACGUAUGCUUUAUUGUAGUUACACCGAACGUACAAUGACGAUGCAUAUAGAUAUGAAUUUUUAUGCCUCUAUAUGAUUUAGAAUAAACUGAAAGUUUAUAUUA